AUGAGCGACGACAAUAGUGGUGAAACGGACAAUAACAGUGAAACGGAUAUCAACAAUAGCAGCGAAACGAAUAUCAACAAUAGCAGUGAAACGAAUACCAACGACCAUGUUGACGACAAAAUAGAAUGCGCCUCCCCAGCUCCAUCUACACCAGAAUCAGUCGUAAUUUCCACAACUCUGAUACCUUUAACCACAGAAACCAGAAAAGAACUAAAAGCUAAGAUACUAAGACAAGUGGAAUACUACUUCAGUACAGAGAACUUGAGAGAGGAUUAUUAUCUGAAUAAACUUCGUUGGAGUACUGAUGAAGAAUGGGUCCCAAUUGACGAAAUUUGUGGUUUUCAAAGGAUGCAAAAAUACACAGAUCACGAGUUAAUUGUGGAAGCGUUACGAGAAUCGUCGAAGCUGUUGGAAGUAAACGAAGACGGGACUUCAGUGCGACGAUCUCCGUCCGAUCCAUUGCCAUUGCCUGAAGAAGUUUUGAAUGGACAUUUAUUCCGAUCAGUGUACAUGGUGGAUAUUUUGAAAGGAUUCACGAUUUCUACAUCUCUUAAUGAAAUCGAAGGAUUCUUAAAAGAAAACAAUAUUGAUUAUAAGGAAAUUAAAAGAAGACUCAAUGAUGAGAAAGAAUUUAAGGGCUCUGUGUUUAUUGAAUUCGACGAUAGGAAAUCUGCAGAAGAAGUUGUCAAGAAAGAAUUGAAAUAUAAAGAUGAAAAGUUGCUCAUCUUGUUAAAAUGGGAUUAUUGCCAUAUGAAAAUAAACGAAAAAGGUCUUCCCCCAAACACCAUGCGACAUCAAUGCGAAAAACAAUUCUAUACAAAAAAGCGUAAACGUUUAUUGGUGAAUAUCGGUUCUCGAAAGAACAGACAAAAGAUAAAAACUACGGAUCGCAACAGAUGGACACGUUCUCCUAAAAUCGAUGACAAACAAAAUCGCAAUAGUGAUGAUAAUAUUCACAUAGAAAAUAAGGUCGAGGUUGGGGACGAUCAUAAUGAAUUUGGAGUGACUAUUCCACCAAAAAUAUAUUCUACUGUAAAGUUUGAAGGGCCAAAAAUCGAAUCGUUAGGGGUACAAUUGAUUUGGGUUUAUUACCCAUAUAAGGAUGACGAACAAAUAGGUGCAUUUGAUAUUGCGAUAACAAAUGAAAAAGACUCUUCUUCGAUAGUUGAAAGUCUUGAAGAAGAUGAAUCUCUGUUGUUCGAAGGUGUCAAACCCACAUUAACAAUUAUAAAAGAUGACGAAUUAAGGGAAUAUAAGAAACUUAAACACGAAAAGUUCAACGAAAUAUCUGCACAACGCGAGAAAAUCCUGAAAACUGUUGUAAGUUUGCCGUCAAAUUCCAACAAGUAUAAAAAUAAUCAGAAUAAUAUAAAGAGGAAACAUGAUACUCGAGUUCCUAAACAUCCUAAACAGUUUGACGAAAGUGGUAUUCCGAUCGUGGUCGCUAGUAACAAUAAACGCCCAAGACUCUCAUAUACAAAUAAAGCUCUCGUCAUCAAUAAUGAUGAUCAAUCAUCACAAGCAACUAAAGAAGGGAACGAGACCAUGGAAGGGGAUAAUGAGUCAAAGACAAAUUAG